AUGCGCAUCUCAGAAAUUUCUGACUUCUGGAGAGACGGUGAAGAGAGAGUGAUGUCGACCACUACAAACAACCUCCGCGUUGGCUUGAACAAGGGCUACCCAACCACACAGCUCCCAAAGCGUGUUAAGCCUUCUCACAGAAAGGGCGCUAACUCUGAGCGUGGUCGCUUGGUGAAGGGCGUCAUCCGUGAAGUUGCUGGUUUCGCUCCAUACGAGAAGCGUGUCAUGGAACUCCUCCGUAACUCCAAGGACAAGAAGGCACGUAAGCUCACUAAGAAGCGUCUUGGUACUCUCCGUCGUGCCAAGGGUAAGGUUGAAGAGCUUUCUUCGGUUAUUCAAGAAGCUCGUACCAAGGGUACCAACUAA